AUGGCGAGCUCGCCUGUCCCGCUGGUCAUCCAGCCGACCUUCAACUGGGCUGGCAACGAUGGGAACUGGUCCACCUUCCAGAUCAAUGUCGGCACUCCUCCACAGAGUUUCGAUGUGUUCCCUUCGGCGACAGGUGGAGAGGCAUGGGUGAUAUCGCCAGACUUUUGCACACGCUUCGCUUUUGAAGGAUGUGCGGCAUCGCGAGGAGUCCAGCUCAUCAACGGGUCACAAUCUGCCGGCUUUCAGUCAAAUGCAUCAGACACCUGGGAUGGCGUGGGAAUUUACGGCCUCACAACAGCGCAAAACCUCUUCGGAGCUGUCAACGGCUCGUAUGGAUUGGACAGUGUUUCCCUAGGCGACAGCACAUCGGACGCACUAUCUGGUCAACUCGUAGCACAAGUCGCGAAUGAAAGUUUCUGGCUGGGCAGUCUUCCGCUGGGUGCCCAGUCAAGUGAGUUCGACGUCGAAAGAGCGAAUGUGCCGAGUUUGUUAUCAUCCUUGAAGACGGCGAAUAGGACUCCGAGCCUGUCGUAUGGUUACAGCGCAGGCGCAUACUAUCAUUCCGCAGCCGGCGGCUUGGUCCUCGGUGGCUACGAUGCGGCGGCGUUUGAGCCCAACAACCUGUCUUUCAGUAUCGAUAUGAAUACGUCCUGGCCUCUCACUGUCAACCUCCGAAGUAUGAUCGCAACGAGAAGCUUGGUGGGCACACAAGCAAUGCCUUUGGGCGACAGCGGGCUGGAGAUGUCUAUUGAUUCAAGCGUCGCCCAGAUGUGGCUACCGGCCACUGUUUGCGAUCAGCUGGCAGACAUCUUUGGGCUAGCGUACGAUGCUGAAACAGGCCUGUAUCUGGUCAACUCGACGAUGCACUCGCAGCUGAUCAACCUGAAUCCUGAGGUGACCUUGACACUCGCAACAACUAGCGGCUCCAGUGAUACUGUCGACAUCGUGCUGCCGUACGCUGCUUUCGACCAGCAGGCUGGGCCUCCGAUUUACUCGAACGAAACGAUGUACUUCCCCAUUCGAAGAGCUGCGGAUGAGUCACAAUUCGUACUGGGGCGAACAGUGCUGCAAGAGGCGUAUUUGAUAGUCGACUGGGAGAGACAGAACUUCACAGUCGCGCAGUCCACGCACCAGAAUGGCGUGUCAAGUGGAAACAUAGUCCCGAUACAGCCGCCGGAGCCAGAGUCAAGUUCGUCCGGUCUCUGGGCCGGAGCAACAGCAGGUAUUGUGGUGGGCGUAGUGGUCGGUCUGGCCGUCGUACUUGCCGGGAUAUGGUUCCUCUGGUGGCGCAAGAGGAGGUCUCAGCGGAAGGUCAAUGAGAUGCCAGUGGUGGAACAUUAUCAGCCAGAGAAAGAUGAUCUAGCCGGAGCCGCGACAUCUGAGCUGCCGUCCGAGGAGCGGAAAGAGAUGCCAGGGGACGAUUCCAGGACAGAAGUUGAUGGCGUUUCAUCGAAUAAAGGCCACCACGAGCUGUUGAGUCCGAUGGACACGCCUCAGCUCAUGUCCAGUCCGGUGUACGAGAUGGAGGGAGACACUGGUAGACAGGAGCUGGAUGGAACGUUAGCAGAUCGGGACAAGGCCAGGCUAUACACGCAUGGCAUGUAG